AUGUCACUCUACGAUGAUAUUGAUAUAUCAGAGCCAAAUAAGGAAAGCGGUACGAAAGGAUCGACUGGAGGAUGGUCAGAGUCGAUAAAGUUAUUGCAUGGUUCAAUUCAUGCGAAGAAAUUUCAUCAACAACAGCAACAACUCAAAAAAGAUGCACAUAAAAAUGUAGUAGCGCCAGUUGCCGAUCUACGGAAAAAACGAGCAGCACCAUUACCACGUCAUCCCAAUGCUGAAGUUACAUUCAAUAGUCUCACCGGCAAAAUGGAGGUUCGUGAUAGUAAUUCUCAACCUAAGGAUACCAGUGAACCGUCAUCGUCAGUAACGGCGUUAAUACAGAAUAUUACAUCGAAUAUGUCUGUAUUCGGUUAUACAGAUGAGUACGAUCCGUUGAAGCCGAAUGAUUAUGAAAAAUUGAAAGAACAACGGAAACGGGAAGAAUAUCAACGUGAUCGAGAGCUAGAACGACAACGAAAAGAGGAAAGUGAACCAAAAGGAUUAUAUGAUGAUGAUUAUGACAAUGAAGAUAACGAGAAUUUGAAUCGAGAGUCAAAUGAUCGACCAGUACGGAAGGGAAAUGUUUUUGCGCCGCCACCAUCCUUAAUUGAAGAGGAUAAGCGGGCGAGCAGUAAUAGUCAAAAUGAAUCAGAUAUGAAAGAUGAUUACUCAUCUAUACCACCGUUCGAUUCGAAUGAACGUGCAGAAGAUAUGGAAACAGAAAGCGUCACAUCUACACUUGGUCUUGGGUCGGUGAAAGGUGCCGCCGCCGUUGCUAAGAUGAUGGCAAAAAUGGGUUAUCGAGAAGGGCAAGGUCUUGGUAAAUCUCAACAAGGCAUCAGCUCUGCGUUGAGUGUGGAAAAAACCAGCAAACGUGGUGGCAAAAUCGUCCUAGAAAAGGAACCACCCAUGAAAGAUUUUGUUCUACCUGCCCCACCACCAUCAUUACUUCCACCUUCCAUCAUUACUCCGAAAGCCGAUUCAGGCGUUGACCUUUCUACCGAACUGAGAGGUGCAACGAAAGUUGUUCUACUCAAAAACAUGGUCGGACCUGGUGAAGUUGACGAUUUACUUGACAGUGAAACGAAAGAAGAAUGUCAAAAAUAUGGUGAAGUAGAAAAAUGUCUUAUAUACGAGAUUCCAGAUGCGCCUGCUGAGGAAGCUGUUCGAAUAUUUGUUGAAUUUAAACGAGUCGAAUCCGCUGUCAAAGCUGUCGUCGAUAUGAACGGACGAUAUUUUGCUGGUCGGGUGAUUAUGUCUGAUGACAAUAAGGACGUCUUCGAAGCCGAGGACGAAGCCACCGUGAAUGGAAAUGACAAUGAAGUUUUUCAAACAGAGGAGAAAAACUCCUGGAUUAAUGAACUACGCUCAGCAUUGGAACGUGGAUGUGAUCUAGGAGCCAUUCGAAAUAUUGGAAAAUGCCGAACAUUAACCGAUGAUCUACGUUUACCUGUUUGGAAGACUUGUUUAGAUAUAGAUGAUGUUAACGAAUAUAAUUAUGUUGAUAGUGAUGUAUUUGAUUUACCUGAACAAAAUUUAAUACGUGAAGAUGUUUUACGCAUAGUUCGAACAUCAAACAUCAAUCAAGAUGUGGCUGCAUCGAAAAUGAGUGACAUCGAAGCAGUAAUUACUUUCUAUUGUAAAAAAAAUAAUGAAACGUACGAAAAAGGAAACGGUUGGAUUGAUUUACUUAAACCACUGAUUGCUCUUGAGUAUAAAGAUCGUGCUGAACUUUACGCAAUUUUCGUUAAAAUACGCGAUCUUUACAUUCCUCGGUAUUGUGAUGCGGAUGGCAUGUCUUAUCAUCUGUUUCGUUUGUUACUACUCUAUCACGAUCCAGAAUUGUGUAGUUUUUUUGAUACGAGAAAAAUCACACCAGAUUUAUACGCACAUGCUUGGAUUCGAAGUCUCUAUGCUGGUUCAUGUUCAUCCAACGCUAUACUUCCUCUUUGGGAUCGAUAUUUUCAACAUGCCGAUCAAUUCUUUGCUUUUUUUCUUGCACUUGUGUUGCUUAUAUCUGCAAAAGAACAAGUGCUUGAAAUAGGCGAUAAAGACAAACAGGAAAUUAUCGAAUUUCUUUCGAAAGCACUAGCUAAUUUGGAAGUUGCUGAUUUAGAAGAUUUCUGUUCACUGGCUAACCACUAUGCUUCCAAUACACCCCAAUCGUUUCGAAAAGAAUUCUAUUCAUGUUUAUUCAGUGAAACAGAUUCAAAUGUUUCUCAGAAAGCAUGUUCGAUUUAUCAAGCAUUAUGUUUACCUGUGUCAGUGCAAGAAUUACUCCAAGCAAACCAACUCGGCGGAACAGCCGGUGUUAGAUACUUCAUUGUCGAUUGUCGACCAGCAGAGCAAUACAAUUCUAAACAUCUUUACACUGCGUUUCACCUCGAUGCGAAUCUUUUGCUAGAAGAUCCGAAAGAAUUCGCCGGAACCGUCGAUGCACUUCUCGCAGCACAAAAACAAUCCAUUGAAAGUGGUUCCAAUGCUGGCGGUGAACACUUGUGUUUUAUGGGCUCUGGUCGUGAAGAAGAAGACAAAUAUGUUCGUAUGGUUGUCGCGUACUUUCUUCAGCGUAAUACGAAGUACAUUAGUAUUGCGUCUGGCGGUUAUAGAGCUCUUGCAAAAGCAAUUGAAGAUCCAGCGAUGAUCACGAAAGCGAAACAAGCGAACAAACCAACACAAGCAACAUCGGUGCUUGACCCAUUAGCUAUUGGAACAGCGAUCAAACAAAAUAUUGUAGAGAAAUUACCUGUCAUUAACACUCAAACAACUUUACUACUGAAUAUGAUAUCAAGCGCUGUAAAGACCAAAUCUUUAGAAGUUAAGGAUAAAGUGAAAGAUUAUAUCGUCCAAACCUCAUCGACUGACCCAGCCCAAGCCGAGCCAAGGCAUGUUAGUAAACAAGACAAAGUCGAUAAACUCUAUCGCCAGCCCAAUGCAUCAUCUGUAUUCUCCCUUGAUAGCGACAAUGAAGACGAACUUGCAUCCUCAUCCACAGUAAAAGAUGCGCCUGAACUCGUCGAUAUCGAAUCAUGGUUCCGUCGCAGUGAUCUUAUACAUAAAUAUGAAUGCGAGCACAUUGAUGAAAACAAUCGAACACAUCCAAGUUUCCUCUUGGUUUCAUCUACUCAUCUAUACAUCCUACGAAAAUUACCUGAGCAUAAAACCAUGGCGAAUCUUGUCUCACGUCGUCCAUUGCAGACAAUAACCAAAAUUACCAGUCGAAAGAACUUCCCCGAAAUCAUUACAUUUCGCUAUUCUAGUAAUCAAGAUGAAAACGAAGAAGAACAAAAGCAACCGCAAAAAGGCAAAACUAAAACAAAAGCACCGAUCGAUCGAGACAAAGUUUACCUUCCUGACGCCGGCGACGCAACAAAAAAUAUCAAAUUACUAAUUAUGAAAAUGUUGAACAUACUCGAUAAUCCCGAGGAAAGCACAUCCGCGUAG